GCUAGCUGGGCCACAGAGAGAGCCUCCAGCUGGGUAGAGAGACAACUCUCAAUCCGAAGUUACUGUUGACGCUAAGGCAGCCAUAACUGAUAAUGGCAUCGGGAGUUUCCGGGCCUGCCGUCUCCUGUGUGACGUAGUUUUCGCUUCGCCCAAUCUCAUAGUUGCCCUGGGCAACAGUUGAGCCGUCUGGGAAGAGAGGCAUCUUUCCUUCUGUAGGUUUUGAGUCAACAGCUGUGAGUCAUCUUGGUAAUAUCGGGUUGGGUGCCUAAAGCUGCGGGAAAAAGGAUCAGGAGAACUUUCAGGAAGAAACUAUCCAACAAUUCAGAUAUGGCAGAAAUGAAGUCAAUGUUCCGGGAAGUUCUUCCAAAACAAGGGCAGUUGUCUGUAGAAGAUAUAACCACAAUGGUGCUGUGUAAACCCAAACUUUUACCCCUAAAAUCUCUGACUCUGGAAAAACUGGAGAAAAUGCAGCAAGCAGCACAGGAUACAAUUCGCCAACAGGAAAUGGCAGAAAAGGAACAACCGCAAAUAAGUCACUGAAUGAUAACUUAGCACUUCUGCAGAACACCCUACACCUUCCAUAUUAUUAACAAUAGCUAGAAAAUAACCUGCAUCUGUAUGCUGAAAGCAGUAUGUAUUAAUAAAACAGAU